GACUAGUUCCCAAAUUAGUUACCUUCUUUUUCCUUUCUUUCUCUGCCUUUAUUUUUUUGAGGGGGGAGGGGAGGUGUAGACGGGAGGCGGGAGGACCCGGUUGAUUGACGUGCCCAGAGCCCGCUUCUCUCAACUUACAGCCGCAGCUCCUUGGCGGGUGGGAGGGGAAGUGUCCCGGAGCCCGAGGCCGCAGACUUGGGCGCGCUCCGAGGGAGGAGGCGUAAGAGCCGUGCAAAUUCUUGCCACGGUUUUUCCCACUCCCUCCCGGCACACAAGCUUUUUGUUCAGUAAAAAGUGGUCUCUAAUUAAUAGAAGAUGGCAAAGCCCAGCCACAGCAGCUACGUCCUUCAGCAGCUAAACAACCAAAGGGAAUGGGGUUUCCUCUGUGACUGUUGUAUCGCAAUUGAUGACAUUUACUUUCAAGCACACAAAGCAGUUCUAGCUGCCUGUAGCUCCUAUUUUAGAAUGUUUUUCAUGAAUCAUCAGCAUAGUACUGCACAGCUGAAUCUCAGCAACAUGAAAAUUAGUGCCGAGUGUUUUGAUCUUAUUUUGCAGUUUAUGUAUUUAGGAAAAAUUAUGACAGCUCCUUCCAGUUUUGAGCAGUUUAAAGUGGCAAUGAACUACCUACAGCUGUACAAUGUUCCUGACUGUUUAGAAGACAUACAGGAUGCAGAUUGUUCUAGUUCAAAAUGUUCAUCUUCUGCUUCUAGCAACCAGAACAGCAAAAUGAUAUUUGGGGUAAGAAUGUAUGAAGACACUGUGGCUAGAAAUGGCAGUGAAGCCAAUAGAUGGUGUGCAGAGCCAAGUUCAACAGUAAAUACACCACAUAAUAGAGAGCCUGAUGAAGAGUCUUUGCAAUUAGGUAAUUUUCCUGAACCAUUAUUUGAUGUAUGUAAGAAGAGUUCUGUGUCCAAAUUAUCUACUCCAAAAGAACGUGUCUCACGACGCUUUGGACGGAGUUUUACCUGUGAUAGUUGUGGAUUUGGCUUUAGCUGUGAGAAGUUACUAGAUGAGCAUGUGCUAACCUGUACUAACAGACAUUCAUACCAAAAUACAAGAUCCUACCACAGAAUAGUGGAUAUUAGAGAUGGAAAAGACAGUAAUAUCAAAGCUGAAUUUGUUGAAAAGGAUUCUUCUAAAACAUUUUCUGCACAGACGGACAAAUACAGAGGAGACACAAGCCAGGCUGCUGAUGACUCAACUUCAACCACUGGAAGCAGAAAAAGUAGCACAGUGGAGUCUGAACUAGCCAGUGAAGAAAAAAGCAGAGCUGCUGAGAGGAAAAGAAUCAUUAUCAAGAUGGAACCAGAGGAUAUCCCUACAGAUGAACUGAAAGACUUUAACAUUAUUAAAGUGACUGAUAAAGACUGUAAUGAGUCCACUGACAAUGAUGAAUUAGAAGAUGAACCUGAAGAGCAAUUUUAUAGAUACUAUGUUGAAGAAGAUGUCAGUAUUAAAAAAAGUGGGAGGAAAGCUCUGAAACCUCGGAUGUCAAUAAACACUGAUGAAAGAGGUGGCUUAGAAAAUAUGAGGCCCCCUAACAACAGCAGUCCAGUACAAGAGGAUACUGAAAACGCAUCCUGUGAGUUGUGUGGGCUCACAAUAACUGAGGAGGACCUGUCAUCUCAUUACUUAGCCAAACACAUCGAAAAUAUCUGUGCAUGUGGCAAAUGUGGACAAAUACUUGUGAAGGGUAGACAGCUUCAGGAACAUGCCCAGAGAUGUGGAGAGCCCCAAGACCUGACAAUGAACGGGUUAGGAAGUACUGAGGAGAAGAUGGACAUGGAAGAGAAUCCUGACGAACAGUCUGAAAUCAGGGAUAUGUUUGUUGAAAUGUUGGAUGAUUUUAGGGACAAUCAUUUCCAGAUAAACAAUAUCCAAAAAAAGCAGUUAUUUAAACAUUCUGCCUGUCCUUUUCGAUGUCCUAAUUGUGGCCAGCGUUUUGAAACUGAAAAUCUAGUGGUUGAACAUAUGUCUAGCUGCCUAGACCAAGACAUGUUCAAGAGUGCCAUCAUGGAAGAGAAUGAAAGGGAUCACAGACGAAAGCAUUUUUGUAAUCUGUGUGGGAAAGGAUUUUAUCAGCGGUGUCACUUAAGAGAACACUAUACUGUUCACACCAAGGAAAAGCAGUUUGUUUGUCAGACAUGUGGAAAGCAGUUUUUAAGGGAACGUCAGUUGCGACUCCACAAUGAUAUGCACAAAGGCAUGGCCAGGUAUGUCUGUUCCAUUUGUGAUCAAGGCAACUUCAGAAAACAUGACCAUGUACGGCAUAUGAUUUCUCAUUUAUCUGCUGGUGAGACUAUAUGCCAGGUCUGCUUUCAGAUAUUCCCAAAUAAUGAACAGUUGGAACAGCACAUGGAUGUUCACCUGUAUACAUGUGGAAUAUGUGGAGCAAAGUUUAAUUUGAGGAAAGAUAUGAGAUCACAUUAUAAUGCCAAGCAUUUGAAAAGAACAUAAGUGAUUUUCUACUGUAUAAUGUUUAGCUGAUAGGAGACAAAACACCAAAGCAAAGGAUAUGAGCUAUUUAGAAAAUGAAUUUAUAAGAUGAAUUGUUGGAAAAAAUUUUAAGGCCCUUUACCUUUAAUAUUUUUUGUUUAGGAUCUUAAGUAUCUACAUUUUAGGUGUUAUUAAAUGUUUAUCAUUUUUGUUAUUUUUAAUAGAAUUCUUUGUUUUUAGUUUGUUUUAGCUAUGAUUAAAAUUACUUUUAAAUGUAGACUACAAGUGGUUGUUACCCCUUCAGUGACUAUUAAAGUUUAGUUUUUUAUCAAUAAGGUGAUGACUUCACUAUUUUUGUGUUUUUUUUUUUUCUAAAGUCACCCUGUGAAAUUUUAAACCCAACAUCAUUGGCCGUUCCUGUUUAAAUUUUUUUUAAAAAUUGUUUGUUUUAAAUAAUUAGUUAUUUGAAACUAUCCCAUUCACUGUAGCUUUUUUUUUUUUUUUUGGAAGUUGAACAGUGAUUUAGCCACUGUUUAUUCCCUGUCUUAUCAAUGAAAUUCGUAUUCUUAAAUUGACAACUUAAUAGGCAGGUUAGGUGCACUGAAUCUAACCUUGAAGGUUGACAUGGGCUCAAACUUGGCCUAAAAAGAUUGAUGAACCUAAGGAAAUUCCUAUAAAUGAAUAUUUCCUAUAAUUGAUAAAAUAUUAUCAUUUAAUAAUCACAUUUAAAACUUAUAUUAAGUGUAAAACCCAAUGACUUUACCCCACUUGAGAAAUUAGUGGGGACAAGUCAUUUUGUUUUGUGAUAUUAAAUUUAACUAUGAUAGUUAAUUAAAAAGGCAUAUCUUGUAUUCAUUUAAAAUAAUUUAAAAUAUUCUGAUGUCUAAAGUGUGUUAGUCUAUGAAUUAUUUUUGUUUAUAAAUAGACUUUAAUAGCUUUCUAGGAAUAUGACAUCUAAAGGAAAAUGAUUUUUCACCUUUAAAAUGACAUACUUUUGGAACUUUGAGAUUUGAGAAAGCUGCCAUGUAUAUUGACAAAUCUAAUAAAAUAAAGAAAUCAAUUACAAAUCUGGUUGUUCUAUCAAAGUAGAGUGUGCAAACAUCACGUCUUGUGUUUUAUACUAAGAUUUGGAGAGAAUGUGUUAUGGCAAAUUGCAGUUUAUCAACAUGCUUUAUUUUUUUUUCUGUAAAGGACUAAAAUUUGAGAACCGUAAAAUAAUCACAGAACAUAUAAGUGGAAAUAGUUUAUCAUUUUUAAGAUAAAGUAGUAUUACUGUUAGUUGUUGCUGACACAGGGUCUACACGAAUUACAUGUGAAUUAAAAUACUGGCAAAACUGGCCCACCAAUCAACAUAUCUGUUGAAUAGAAUGCCUUUUAAUGUGAAUUACUUGCAUUAUAAUGCCCUUCUCAUAAUGAAAGGGAUUUUAAAUAACUCCUAUAUUUGCAUUAUAAUGCCCUUCUCAUAAUGAAAGGGAUUUUAAAUAACUCCUGUAUUUAAAAGUAUAAUUUUGUGAUUAUGAACAGUAAUUUAACGGUAUUGUUCUUUUUGUUUACAUCACAUUUUUAAGAUAUGCAAGUCGUAUUUUUGUAUACAAUUUGCAUAAAAGAACAAGUUGCCAAGAGAAUUGAGAGACAUAUUGACUAGCAUAGGUUUAGUUGAAAGAGUGUGAGCUCAGAGAUUUGUGGGGAAACGUUGAGGUGUUAAGAAUUGAAACAGUACAGGAGCCAUGCAGUAUUAGAACAAGUAGAGAUGGGGGAAAUACACAAAAAGAUAAAUGAGAAAUCAGGAAUUUUUUAAAAGCCAUAUUGUAGAAAAAGCGAGAAAAUUGAUUCAUCUUAGUCUUGGAUACAAUAGUUUAUCAAGUAAUUAGAUCUGAAAUACAACUUUAAAUGAAAUAUGGUAUAUAUAUUACUGAUAGGAACCUAAUAAGAGUUCUGUAACUAACCCAGAGACCAUCAGAGAGUAAAGAGAGAAUAUCGACUCAAAACAAAUUUCCAAACUAUAUAGCAUCUUAGCGGACAUCAUUUUCUUUGGGACCACUUUUUUCCAUGACCCUCUUCAAAACCUCUAUUGCAAUGGCUUCCCCACCAUUAAAGAACAGGGGUCUUUCUAAAUACUACCACUCUGUAAAAAGGAUUGUUUAAUCCAUUAGGAAAGGGGGUUUAGUUUUAGACACAUACUAACAGCCAAGAAUUAGCAAGCAAAUAUAUAAACAUUAAACAUAAUCUCUAAUUUUACAUAACUGAGGUGUUUAUAGUUUCAGAAAGCCAUACCUCACGAUGUGUUUUCUCCCAGUUUCAUGUUACAGGACACACACACCUUUUGUUUUGUUUUGCAACUAGCUACAGCAGCACAAGCUUCUUUGAGUAUAAUGUACAAUUUUCCUUAUUAAGGCAAAGAGUUCAUUUAAAGACUACUUGCCUUUUAAAACUAGGGGGAAUUAAAACUAUCCAACACCUCUCUCCAGCCCUGUUUCCUCUCACUUCUUUCCUCUCUCUCCCGCGGUGGAGCUACAGAGCUGUACCUACUUACUAUUGCUUCUUGCCCUCCAGUGCUGUGAAGGCAAUGAAUCAAGGUUGUGGAAGUUGCCUCCUCCUCUGCCUUUAUAAUUUAUGUGAUUAGCCUCCAAAUCUGAAAAUGAAGGGGAAAUCUAGAUAGAUGUAUGUGGAAUCUUGUUUCUCUUUUUGUCUCACAUACAGUCUUGCUUAAAGGGCCUUUUCUACUCCAACAGAAAUCCUGGAGGAAUGGAGUCAGUGCUUAACAAGCUCGGCACCAAUUACAGUGCAGCUCAGAUGUUUAUAACUUUUUAGUAAACAGGACUAAGAAUCUGAGAGACUAAUAAAGCACAACUAAAGCAGUAGUGGAUUACAACUCAGAAAUUUGUCUUAAUCUCUCCCAUAUUUUUAAAGUAAAAAUAUUCAGAGAAAUGACUCACGUGAGUAAAAUGGUACAUGGCUAAUUUUUAAUGCAUGAAGUUUGAGUAUGAACAAAAAUUAGAAAAAAGAACAUAAGGAUUCCAGGGGCUAGAUAUAAAAAUUAAAGAAUUAAAAUAAGGACAGGGCUUCCCUGGUGGCGCAGUGGUUGAGAGUCCGCCUGCCGAUGCAGGGGACACGGGUUCGUGCCCCGGUCUGGGAAGAUCCCACAUGCCAUGGAGCGGCUAGGCGUGUGAGCCGUGGCUGCUGAGCCUGCGCGUCCGGAGCCUGUGCUCCGCAACGGAAGAGGCCACAGCUGUGAGAGGCCCGCGUACCGCAAAAAAAUAAAAUAAGGACAGAGCUUUCUAGAGUAGUCAGCACCAAUUAAAAGGAAAAAUAAUAGACUAAGUAAAAAUCGUACUUAAGUACUGUAGUUGAGAACAAAAAUAUCAACAAGGUAUAAAAAUUGAAUAAAAAAAUAAACAUUUGAAGUUUUCUAGGUGAGGUGAGUAGAAUGGAAGUUAUUUGAUAGGUUCAAACAAUUUGACUAAACUAAUUCAAUUAGAGCUACAGAAUGCCUAAUGAAACAAAUUUUAUGAACAUGCCAAGGAUAUGCAUAAAUAUGUGAGAUAAUAUACCAAAGUUUAUAUUCUAAAACAAGUGGGAAGAGAGGCUCAUGGUGGUUGGCAACUUUCUCAUUGAUUAAACAAUACCUGUUCCUCUAUAUCACUAGUUAAGGAACUUCUGUAUUUAAUAGAUCUCUGGAAAAUUCCCCAAAGAACUAGUCUAACAGUUAAGUUAAACAUAAAACUUGUCAUUGUUGUUAACAAAACACUAAAUUAGUACCAACCAGAAGAGAAAACCUGAGUGUGUAUGUGCACGCAUAGUUGAGAAUAAAGCAAUUUGGUAUAUUAAUUCUAAAUGGGUUUUAUGAGUUACACAUUUCUUUUUUUUGCCAUUAAUCUACUUUGAUCAGUUCCUCACCACCACCACCUCCUCUGUAACAUAUGCUUCUCAGUGAUACAAGCCUGUGCUCUAAAGGCACCCUAGCAUUGAUAAUGCCUAAGGUCCCAGGGUACCAAAAGGCACUGUGGGAACAUAUCCUUGUGGACUGUCUCCCAUCUCCUGAUACCUGAGGUGCAGUAAAUGGGGUGACAGGGUGAAUGCCAGGGAACUGAAGCAAGUAGAGUUAGAGUUGGUGUUAAGAACUUGAAGCUGUGGCCCGGAUUUGGAAACCUAUGAACCACCCAUCCCAGGGCUCUCAGUAAUCCCAUCAUCCAUUUCAUUAGCACUCUUUGUACUCUGCUAAACGCUUUACAGAUUAAUUUUAAUUAAUCCUCACAGCCUUAUGAGGUAAGUAUUCUAAUUUUCCAGAUGGGAGACUGAGGUUCAGAGACACUGAGUAUUUUUCCUAAGAUCACACAGAAACUAAAUACUAGAGCUGGAAUUUGAAACUAGGCCUAUUUGAUUCUACAUUCCUACUUAACCACUAAGCUACAUAUUCCACCUAACAAAAAGUACAAAGAAAGGCCUUUUCAGCUCAGUAACACAUGUGACAAAGCUUCUAUGAGACUCUGUGCUCCUUGUUCAUCAUCUGUCAUCUACUGCGCUUAGUAAGAUAGCUGGUAAUAGUGGGUACCUAAUGAACAUGUUGAAUAAUGUGAAACUACACCAGUCAGAAACAAAACAUUUGUAUUUGAGCGGAUCAUUCAGAAUGAUCUUUAGAAAUAAUUACUAAAUACUCUUAUGUUUUAAUUUUCCUUUAUUUAAACUUAAAACAUUAAGUGGUGUAUCAGCCAUUUUUCUGGGCCCAUGAUAGGUGCUCAACUAAAAACUAAUUUGAGUUCAACUUCUAUAUUUCUACCUCUGUGACUUUUUGCCCCUCUGUUUUCCCUAUUCCCGAUCUUUAUGUUUUAAUCUCUCCCACCAGUCACCAUUUCCUUUUAUCAGUUAUGAGACUGAUAAGUAGACUAACUCAAAUCAUUUGAAAAUCUUCCCGCAAAAAAUCAGGACCCCAGAGUAAUCAGUUUUCCUCUUUUUGCCUUAACAGAUGAUGUGGAUAAGAAAUUUUUCAUUUGUUUGGCUAAAAAACAAAACAAAAUACUUAAUUACCAUAUUGUAAUUGAUUAAAGUUUAUAGAGCAAUCUAAGUUUGUCUAAAAAUAAAAGUUGGUUAUUCUAGCCAUUUAUAAUUCAAUUUACCAAAAAUACCUAUGUAUUUCUAGUGUAAACUUAACAAUGUUACUUGUAAAAGAAAUGAAAUUUCAGGAAACAACAGUUGAAUAUCCACCCUAACCUAGCAGCAAACCUUUAAGCAAUGAAUAGCCUAAUGGUUUAAGUGAAACAACGCCCCUCCCAAUCUAAUCUGAUUUUAAUUUCAUGCAUCUAUUGCCUGAUUUCUAAAACAUAUACAAUAGGUUUUACUAUUACUAUGUUAAGUCUACUACUUUAAUGAUCUCUCUACCAACUGCCAAAUGUUAUUUUUUUUGAAGUGAAAAUAGAAGAAUAAAUGGUGAAGAUUCCAUAGAUAAUAUUUAUAUAAUCACUUAGGUGGCCCACUUUCAUUGCCUUCUAUCAAACUCAAGGACCUAUUCCUUGGUAACAUAUGGGCAGAGUCUCAUAAUAAGACCAGGUGAAAUUUAGCCACUUAUAAAUUUAUAUGCGGGUAAGAGGCAAAAGUGCAAGGGUUUAGAAUGUUUGUGUCUAUAAAUAUUGGUAAAUAUAAAUAUUAACUAAAUGACAAUAGCGGCUUAUAAAUUCAUGCUAAUUUUGAACCAAUUUAAUACCACUUACAUGCAUGUGCUUAGUUGACUUUAGCAUUAAGAAGUUAAAUCCAUAUAAGUUGCUCUCUUACUAUUUUUAGGAGAACCAAAUCAUUGAGGUCCAUUAUUAGUGGCAGAAUUGUUCAUCCUUUCUAUCAGAAUCCAACACAGAUCACUAGUGGGCAGGAAGCCAUUUAUAAUUUUACUCAUCAUCUUACUCAUUUGCUGAUAAAAAGGAUGGUAUGAAGAUUACAAUUCAGUAUUUGGCUCUGAAUUAAAUGUAUCAGUGUACUAAUCACCACUGUAAUAAGUAAAGAUUACAGGAAACUCUAGGGCCAAAGGAUGACACAAAUGUAAAAGACAUGAUUUCAUGAGUCAGGAAUAUUAAUAAUUUUAUCUGAGAAAAUUUGCAUAACUCUGUACUUACCUAUUUGAGAAAGGAAUAGUUAGGUAGACAGCUUAUGAAAUCCCAGUUAAGCUUUAUUUUAAAAGUUACUAUGUUGUUUUUAUUCUACUUCAACCAGUUGCUUAUACCAAUCAGAAUCAGCAGAACUCAUUUUUAGAUGACAGAAAUAUAAACAUCCAGAUUAUGAAAGUCAUCGUUUCUUUCAAAUGCUUAUGUGUUCCCUGAUGUGGAGAAAAAUAUUUAAGAGACAAUUUCCUUUUUACAAAAUUAGGGCAAAUCAUUGCUGUGAAAAAUAUAAUUCUACCCAGAAUCACUGGGGCAGCUUAGGAAUUUGAAGGAAAGUUCUUCCUCGUGUAUGUGUGUGUGUGUGUGUGUGUGUGUGUGUGUGUGUGUGUGUGUACUUUAUUUUCAUUUGCAGAGCGUAAAACACUUUACAUUGAAAAAGAACAAUGUUAGCUUGAUGGCUGAAGGCACUCAGUAAAAAGAAUACGAACUUGUUAGAUCUAUGUUUCAUUCAGAGAUUUGCUAUUAACAAGUUCAUUGUAAAAUUAUUUUAGUUGAAAGAAAACACUUUUUUUUUUUUAAGUAAACAAUUUUUAACUGCUUCCUUCCUCCCUACUUUCCUCCACCUGUCUGCCCUCCUAUCUUUCUGUUACAUCUUUAUGAGCCCUACCUGUUCUAGCUCACGUAAGAAAAAAAAAAAAAGGUGCCCCAAUAGCUGAAAAAUUAUAUUGGUAAAAAGAACACCUUAUAUUUAAAGGGUACAGUGAAUUACAUUGGGGAAUAAAUUAAAUAAAUCUAAGUUCUAGGAUCUGUGCUUUUGCUCCCAUUCUUUAUUCUAGUAACAGUGUGCUGGCCUGGUGCCAAAAGUCAUGAAAUUCUGACCUAAGAAUUAUGUUGUAUCUUGUAGAGCAGUCAACUUGUAAUAUUAUUUUUCUUGAGUUUUGUCUUUUUCUGUGUGGCAGUGGUCAAAUAGGGCCUUCUAAACCUCUGGAGAAGUGAGAUCUGAAUUUGGAGAGGACAUGGGCAAGAAUCAAUCUUCAACAGAUAAUCUUUAAGUCCAGACCCAGGAAUAUCAGAUCUGAAGUGACAGCAUCUUUUCUGUCUUCUGACAAACCUCAUCAACCCCAAAAGUUCCAGUUGCAAGGAUCCAAGAAAACUCAGUAAAGAUUACUUUGGGAUCACUUUGUUGUGACAAAAUCGAUUCAUGGUGACUCUCCUGUUAUUUGUGAAAAAUCAGCUAAAGAAAAGUAACUAGAAUAUUCAUACAACAUCAGUGGUUAAAGCUACACUAAAAUAAAACUCUAUAUACUAAUUUUCUUCAAGAAUCCCUCCUAAAAGAAAAGGGCUUGCUAGGCUACUAUAAAUACAUUAUAAAGUGAGGUAAUCACAUAUCUGUGUAAACGCAUAUAACUCUAAACUUAAAUGGAAUUACAGUUUACAUAUCAUGAAAUGUAGUUUCAAAAUUUUCACCCCAAAAUCUGUAGCUUAGAGUAUAAAUAAAAAGAUGUGGGGACUUCCCUGGCGGUCCAGUGGUUGGACAUUACUCUCCAAUGCAGGGGGGUGCAGGUUCGAUCCCUGGUUGGGGAGCUAGUAUCCCACAUGCCUCGCGGCCAAAAACCCAAGACAUAAAAACGGAAGCAAUAUUGUUACAAAAUUCAAUAAAGACUUCCAAAAAAAAUGGCCCACAUCAAAAAUAAUCUUAAAAAAAAAAAGAUGGGCUUCCCUGGUGGCACAGUGGUUGAGAGUCCGCCUGCUGACGCAGGGGACACGGGUUCGUGCCCCGGUCCGGGAAGAUCACACAUGCCGCGGAGCGGCUGCGCCCGUGAGCCAUGGCCGCUGAGCCUGCGCAUCCAGAGCCUGUUGCUCUUCAACGGGAGAGGCCACAACAGUGAGAGGCCCGCGUACGGCAAAAAAAAAACAAAA